CUAACUGCCACUGACAUCCCCAGUGACACUAAUACAGUGAUUAGUGCUAAUAAAAAGCACUGACACUGUACUAAUAACACUGGACAGGAAGGGGUUAACAUCUGGGGCGAUCAAAGGGCUAACUGUGUGCUGUGUGUUUUUUACUGUGUGCUGUGCUUUACUAGGGAGACACGCCGCUUUGUAUUUCUCUGUUGUGCAGAGAAAUACAAAGCAGCAUGUCCUUGCUGACAGGAGAGAGACCUGUGUUGUUUACACACAGGUCUCUCUCCUGUCAGUUUUCCCCGACAAUCACCGAGUGCCAGCAAGGAACCUCCGGCUGGGACCCGGUGAUUGACAUUUCUAGCCACCAAUGGUGGCGC